AUGGUGAGUCUAUCCAGGCUCAACGCACGAGAGUUCAAGCAGGGCCAAGAAAUCGCCAGUAUUGGACCUGGUCAGGUCUGGCGGGAUGUCUACCACUGGCUAGCACAGUAUGGCCUGGCUGUCAACGGCGGCCGUUAUCCAACUGUCGGUGUUGGCGGCUACCUCGUCGGCGGUGGGAUCAGCUGCUUCAGCAGCACCCAUGGCUGGGGCUGCGACACAGUCAUAGCAUACGAAGUGGUCCUCGCCGACGGCAGCAUCGUGGAGGCAACAGCUGACGGCGAGUAUGCUGACUUGUUUUGGGCGCUUCGCGGCGGCCACAACAAUUUUGGCACCGUGACCCGUUUCGAUCUCGAGACUUUCGCCAUGACAUCCGCCUACUUUGGUGGAACCAUCUGGGACGGCAACAAUGCGUCGGCUCAGACGCAGUUCUUCUCAGCCCUCGAUUCAUACAUGAUCCCCGGGGGCGGGGUCGACGACCCAAACGUCGCCACGAGCGCCAUCGUGUCGAUCGCCAAUGAGACUGUCGUCGAGUUGGCAUUUGCGGAACUUGCGAAUGUGUCCGGGGCUGUCGCUGCAUUGACAUAUCAGCCGAUUUCAAGGGAUUGGCUUGUUGCCUCUCAACGAAGUGGUGGGAAUGUGAUUGGUCUUGACCCGGAUUCCGGAACAUUUAUUGUCAAUUCUUUCGUCGAAAAGGCUGGGUCAAUCAUCAUUGAAGAAACUACCAAGCUGGGGUUAAGUCACGAUUUCAUCUACCUGAAUGACGCCAGUCCGACUCAACGACCCUUCGAAACGUAUGGCGGAGGCAAGAGCUUGGCUCGACUCACUCAGAUUCGGGACAAGUACGACCCUGACGGAUUCCUGCAGAAGUGUCUAGCCCAUGGCUUUGGCAUCCCGUGA